AUGGCGACGGACGCGGAAGCCGAGCGCAAGGCUAAGGCCGAGCGCGCAAAAAAGCUCCUCGCUCAACGACGCAAGGACAAGGGCAAGAAGGCCAAGGCGUCCGAGUCGGCCACGCCAGCCACACCAGGCAGCCCGGCCGUGACGGGCAUCGAGACGCCUGCUUCAGCCUCGCCACGCCCGAGCUUGAGCCUCGAAGAACGUCCGUCUCUCUCACUCGAGAAGAUCGACAAGAACGCGAAUGGAGCCGAGCUGGAGAAGGAAGAACGGCCAGCGCCAACCAAGAGCGCGUCGAGCGACUCCGUCACCAACCUCCAAGAGUCAAUAACAAACCUCUUGGCCGAGAGAUCCGAUCUACAGAAACAAGUUGCCGACCUCACCUCUCAGUUGUCUACUGCGCGCGCCGACCAGCAGUUGUUAGCUGAGGCGCGCGAGGCCACCGCCCGGAUGGAGGAAGAGAAGCGCGAAUUGGCCGAGCGGAUCAAGGCCGCCGACGCGGACGCCGUCAAGGCCAAGGGUGUGGCCGCAGAUCUCGAGAAGGCGCGGCAAGAUCUUGACGGCGCCAAGAAGGAGGCUGCGGAUGCGCGCAGUGCCAAAGAGGCGGCGGAAGCAGAACUCGAGGAGCGGGAGGGGCGCGAGGGCGAGCGAGUGGAGGAGCUCGAGAAGACGUUGGAACGUGCGAGACAGCGAGAGGGUGCACUUGAGACCGAGGUCGGGCGGCUGAAACAGAGCAACUCCGAAACGGCAUCGAACCUGUCGUCGACCGAGAAGGAGCUUACCGACCUGCGCGAAUCGAGUGACAAAGGCGAGACUUUGCUCAAGGAGCUCCGUGCGUCGUACGACGCGCUUAAGAAGGAGCAGGAGACGCUGUCAAGCACAUAUUCGAGCUUGGAUGCACAGCACAAGGAGCUCGCGUCAUCUCACGAUAAGCUCAAGGUCGAGUACGCGACUGCCGGCAAUGGGCUCAAGGGUUCCGAGGAUGCGCUCAAGAAGAUGACUGGCAACCUCGCCAAGGUCAAGGAAGAUCUCACCCAGACCGCCAAGCGGGCCGAGGCGGCCGAGAAGAAGCGCGAUGGUCUGUACAAGGACAAUGCCGAUCUUGUGUCGCAGCUUGACGAGCUGCGCGGCAAGGUCGCCCAGACAAUGAAGGAGAAGGCCGAGCAGGCGGCGACGAUUGACAGCUGGGUCGCGACCAAGCAGGGCUGGGACAAGGAGCGCGCAGACUUGGAGGCCAAGCUUGCCGCUGCGACGCCCAAGGCCGACAAGGUGCCUGGCCUUGAGGAGCACGUCAAGAGUCUCACGGCCGAGGUGUCGCAGCUCAAGGACAAAGAGAAGUCUCUGUCAGAGACCGCGGCUGCGUACGACAAGUUGCAGGCCGAGCACAAGAACGUCAUUGCCGCCCUCGAGGCCGCACAUUCCGAGGUGUCAGAGCAGGAGGCCAAGCUCGCGACGCUGAGGAGCGAGCUCGACUUGGCGCAGGCUGGCACCCUGGAGAAGGAGGGGACCAUCAAGACGCUACGCGCUGAUGUCGAGAGCGCGCAGAACAAGGUCACCGAGCACGAGUCGUCACUUGCGAGUGUGCGUGUCGAGCUGGAGAAGGCUGGCGCUGCCGCCGCGGAGCAGGAGAGUGCCCUCGCCGAGUCCAAGAAGGACGCCGACGCCGCCAAGGCCGCGCACGCGAAGGAGUUGGAGUCUGCCAAGGCGGAGCACAAGAAGGCACAAGAAGAGCUCAACGACGCGCAGGCCGGCCACAAGAAGGCACUGGACGCUGCAAGUACAGAGCACGGCAAGAUGCUCGAGGCGGCGCGCAGUGACCACGACUCGGUUCUCAAGAAGGUGCGCUCGGAGCACGAGAGCGCGCAGAAGGACGCUGCGGGCAAGCACGCCAAGGAGCUCGAGACGACUCGCGGCGAACACGCCAAGACAUCCGCAUCACUCAAGGAUGCCGAGGGCCGGGUAAAGGAGCACGAGACAGCCAUCUCGAAGCUCAAGACGGAGAUCGAGGGCCUGCAGACGACGAACAAGGGUCAUGAGUCGACUGUUGCUUCGUUGAGGAAAGACCUCGAGUCUGCUCAGACUGCGGCCAAUAAUCAUAAGGUUUCGAUUUCGAAACUGACCUCCGAAUUUGAAGCGGCGCAGGGCACAGUGACGGAACGUGAUGAGUCGAUCUCCAAGCUCAAGUCCGAGCUGGACACGUCCAAGAAGACGGCGCAGAAGCACGAGGCGUCCGCCAAGUCUCUGCAGUCUGAUCUGGACGCGGCCACGAAGACGGUCAGCGAGCACGAGGGGACACUCAAGUCCGUACGUGGGGACCUGGAGAAGUCACAGAGAGCCUUGACCGAGCACGAAAAGAAGGCUACUUCACUGCAGUCUGACCUCGACUCGGUACAGAAGUCGUCCAAAGAGCACGAAGCGACGUCGAGAAGCCUCAAGAAGGACCUCGACGCUGCGCAGCGUGCUGCCAAGGAACAAGAGUCGGCGCUCUCGUCGCUCAAGAAGGAACUGGCCAACGCUGAGGAGGACGUGGCAGCCUUGCGCAAGACGACAGACGAGCUCGAGGGCACCAUCGUUGACCUCAAGACUGAUCUUGAGUCUGAGCGUGCGGCCGUCGCCGAGCACAAGGCGACCCUAGACAGCAAGCAGGCGGAGAACUCGGAGGCCGAGUCGAGCCUCACCAAGCUCACGGGCGAACUCAAGGCCGCGCGCAAGGCGACCAAGGAGACGGAGCACAAAGUGUCUUCGCUCGAGCGCGACCUGGCCUCGGCCAAGUCCAAGGGCGAAGAUCACGAGGGCUUGAUCAAAUCGCUCAAAGCGGAGCUGGAGUCUGCGCGGACGGCGUCGGAGAAACAGGACGACGCCGCGUCGGGGUUGAAGGCUGACGUGGAGGCCUUGGCGAAGAAGGCCAAGGAGGCCGAGACGUCAAUCGCCUCCCUGCGGUCUGAGCUCGAGGCGGCGCGCUCAACGUCGUCAAAGCACGAGGACUCGGCGGCGUCAUUCAAGACGGACCUCGAGAAGGUGCGGAAGGAGGCGAAAGGGCACGAAGACAACGCCUCGUUGCUUCGUGCCGAGCUCGACGUGCUCAAGUCUACAUCCGAGGGGCACGAAGCGACGGCAGGCAGCUUCAAGGCGGACCUCCAGAAGGCGAGGCGGGCGGCGAAGGACGCCGAAACCGCACGCGCCCGUCUCGAGUCGGAUCUGGAAUCUGUGCGCGCCCUCGCGAGCAAGCACGAGGAGAGUCUGACUUCGUUGCAGGUCGACAUGGACAUUGCGCGUGCGGCCGAAGCCGAGGCGGAGAAGGCCGUCUCCUCGCUGAAGGGGGAUCUCGCCGCGGCCCGCACUGCCGCGUCCAAAGACUCGUCGGCUGGUGCGGAGGCAAUGGCUUCGGCACAGGCCGCGCACGCUCUCGAGAUUUCGGACCUGCAGGCGAAGAUUCGCCAGCUCGAGUCCUCCUCCUACACGGCCAGCAGCCGGGCGCACGAGCUCUCGCGCCAGCUGGCCGACAUGACUACAGCGAAUGCCGAGCUCCGCGGCAGCGGCGGUGCCGCGGGGUUGUUCAUCUCUCCUCUCGACGCGCCAUCCCCAUCUCCACCUAGCUCUCCGCGCUGGCGGGAGCGGCCGCUUGACGCCGGACUGCCUGCCAGCGUACGACACAAGCGGCAGGUAUCCCUCAACGCACUCAAGGCACGUAUGGGGCCGCACCUCGCCCGCCAACGAAGUGGGUUACGCCUCGACAGCGUCAGCGAAACUGGGAGCGGGCGGUCUAGCCCUGUCCACGACGGACGACGACAGCAACAGUUCGGCGACGAGAUCAUACUGUUGUGUACGCUCGAUUACAAGAUCAACUUUUCCCCAGCAAAGGCAGAUAAGAUCGAGGGGUUGCAUGAACGAGUCGCUAAGCGCCUCCGGUGGGUCGUCGAUACAAACCAGGGAAUGUACCUCAAACUGGGCCAGGCAAUCGGCCUCCAGGCUGCCCUCCUCCCAAAGCCCUACCGUGAGGCCUUCACCCACGUGUUUGACAAGGCGCCGUCGGUGCCGUACUCUGAGGUUGUUGGGGUGUUCCGCGACGACUUGGGCAUCGACCCGAUGGACGUGUUCGAAGAGUUCUCGCACGAGGCCCUCGCGUCCGCCUCCAUCGCCCAAGUACACAAAGCCAAGCUCCGGCCUGAGCUUGGCGACCCCGACCAACUCGUGGCUGUCAAAGUCCAGAAACCCGCAAUCAAGAAACAGAUGGACUGGGACCUCUUCGCGUACCGAAGCCUAAUGUGGUUGGCAGAAAAGGCCUUCGACAUCCCCCUCUACUUUGUUGCCGACUAUGUGUCUUCUCAAAUGCGCCUCGAAACAAGCUUCCUACACGAGGCAGCUAAUGCUCGGCGCUGUGCAGAGUUGUUAGCCGAAACGCCGGAAUUGAGGGACGACAUCUACGUUCCGAAAGUCUUCGGCAAGGCCGAAGGGUAUCCCGAGAGCGACCGGGUGCUGGUGAUGGAGUGGGUCGACGGGUGCCGACUAAAUGACAAGGCACAGAUCCAAGAGUGGGGCCUCGAGCUGCGCGAUGUCAUGGACCUCGCUAUCAGCUUGAACGGCGCCAUGACUUUUAGUUGGGGGUUCUUACACUCUGAUCCGCACCCGGGCAAUAUCCUGGUUCGGCCCCAUCCGGUCAAGAAGGGCAAGCCGCAGCUGAUUGUCCUCGACCACGGCUUGUAUAUUACGCUACGGAAGAGCUUCCGGGAAGAAUACGCUACCCUUUGGCGAUCGCUGUUCGUGCUCGACCUGCCCACCAUCGAGCGCAUCUCCAAGGCGUGGGGCCUGGGCAUCGAUCCCAACAUGUUCGCCAGCGCAAUCUUCCUCAAGCCGACCCAUCUGAAGCAGAACGCCCCAAAAGGUCCCCCCCGGCCCCCAAAGACCGAAUACGAGAUCCAGAUGGAAGUCAAAGCGCAAUUCAAGGCGCUCCUCGAGAGCGAGCAACUCAUUCCCCGCGAACUCAUCUUCGUCGGACGAUGCCAGCGCAUGCUGCAGGCCAAUAACCAGCUCCUCGGCUCUCCGAGUGAACGGAUCAACAUCACCGCCGCGUGGGCAGCCAAGGGAUACGCCGAGUUUGCAGGAUCGCGGGCGCUGGCAGAUAUCGGGUUCCGCCGAUGGUUGAGGGACAGGUACGACAGUUUCGUGUUCCGCUUCACUCUGUGGGUUAUCGAUUGGGCGUUCUGGUGGACUAGCCUCAAGGCCCGGUUUUCAAGGACUACCGGGAACUGGGAGGACCGGCUGCAGGCACAGAUGGAGAAGAUGGCCAGGGAGGAGUUUGGCAUUGAGAUUGAUGGCAACACGGCGUUCCUCGGAUAG